UUCGUUUGACGUUAAAAAAAAGGCAAAAAAAAACAUCGGUAUUUUGAUUUGAGGUUACUCGUGAUUGUCGUGAAUUUCGAGUACAUCUCUGGUAGUAUUGUGAGUUAUAACGACAUAUUUAAAGUAAUUCUUUUACUUUAUCAUAAAUAAUGCCUAAAUUAGAAGAGAAACCUAGAGUAAUACUUGAAGAAUUUCGUGUAAAGAACGCUCCAGAUGAUUAUGGAAUGGCAGAUGAAAAAUGGAAUUUUAAGAAAUUUGUGAAAAACUUCAGGAUAGUUAUUGUCCGAAUGGACCAUUCUGAAAUGGAAUUUGACUUAAUUGGUAUACAUCCUGCUUUUGCAAAUGCAUUCCGUAGAUUGAUGUUGAGUGAAGUACCAAGUAUGGCAAUUGAGAAAGUUAUGAUCAAAAAUAAUACAUCUAUCAUUCAGGAUGAAGUACUAGCCCACCGUUUGGGCUUGAUACCACUUAAAGCAGAUCCAAGAUUAUUUGAGUACCGUGCGGAAGACUCAACAGAAGGAACAGAAUUUGAUACACUGGAGUUUACUUUAAAAAUUAAAUGUACUUCGAAUAAAUCACAACCAAAAGACUCUUUCAGAGCAGAAGACUUGUAUGAAAAUCAUAGUGUAAAUUCUGCAUCAAUAAAAUGGCACCCGAUUGGAAAUCAGGCAUCCGUUCAUAAAGAAACUGAUGUUGGUCCAGUUCAUGGUGAUAUUCUCAUUUCAAAAAUGAGACCUGGUCAUGAAUUAGAUCUUCACUUAGUUGCAGUCAAGGGCAUUGGAAAGGAUCAUGCCAAGUUUUCUCCAGUUGCAACAGCCUCUUAUCGCUUGUUACCAGAAAUAAUAUUAACAAGGGAAGUGAAUGGAAUUGAGGCAACACUUUUGCAGAGCUGUUUUUCCCCAUGUGUGAUUGGUCUGGAUUCUGAUGGUCGAGCAUUUGUUAGAGAUGCCAGAUAUGAUAGCUGUAGCAGAAAUGUUUACCGUUAUGAUUGCAUAAAAGAUGCAGUUAUAUUGAGCAGAAUAAGAAAUCAUUUCAUUUUUAAUGUGGAGUCAGUCGGGGCAAUGCUGCCAAAUAUUAUAUUUAUAGAAGCAGUAAAAAUUCUACGAGAUAAGUGUAAAACACUAUUGGAUGAAUUAAACAAUUUUUAAUAUGAAA